AUGGACGAACGUAGUCAGUUCUUGGCGGAGGCCGCAGCUCAGAGGAGAGAACGAGAACUUCAGCGUAUACACAAUGACGUUGCGAUAAAACUACAAGCACUCGGUCGAGGCUGCUUGACAAGGAGAAAAUCAACGUUCUCCGACAAAUUUUCUCAGUUUACUGAUUUGGAAAAACAGGGAAAAACGUUGCUCCCUAACGAGGAAGUGUUAAAGUGGAGUCAGCUGUUUUUGCGAAUAAAACAUCUGCCUGAAGACAACGAGAAAGUCUUUGAAUUUCAACAUAUUUUCCAGACACUAGCCCAGUUAUGUCGUCACAUAAUACUUUCUUUGGAAUCAUCAUCCAAGGAUACGAACUGGGCAACAAUGUUUCUUAACAAAACCACGCUAGCACCUGCGACCAAAGUUACGACGACCAUCAUCUCCUGCAUUCCUCAAUCGCUCAUGUACAUAUCGGGUGCCCGGGUCUCCGAAGUGAAGACAUGGCAAACGUUCAUUCAUUUUCUAAUUGUGCUAGGCUCAUGUAAUGGUUGGCUCCUUGUUCGAAAUGCCCCUCAGAUUCAAAAAGUGCUCAAUGAUUUGUGCGGUAAACUUUGCUGCUCGCUAGAAGAACAAGCAAACUUCACACGGCUUGCGAAUCUUGACCUGUUCCUUAGCUCAAACUUGUUUGAUCGUUGUUUGACACACUUGAGAAGCUCCUCAGAUAUAGUGGAAGGAAUUGAGCCGCAAAAAACUAUCAAUCUUCUUGGAAAUGUGAUUCAUCUGGGAUACCUAGAUGAAGAGACAGUGAAAGGGCGGAUUGUCGAUUGGACAUGGGUGAUUGGAUUGGCUAUGGCUCAGUGUACAGAAUUUGCUGUUCGCGCUGGGGAGCAAUCGAGUCACAAUCACUGGCAUCCAAUAUUUGGCCAUUACAAAUUACCUAUUGACCCUAAAACGGAAAGGUCAUUACGUAAUGUUCAAAAGCAAUUGCAAAUGCUUUGGAGCUACAGGAUUGUGUGUAGGUUGUUUGAUAAAGCUCUCGAGGGAGUGGAUCUAAAUCGAUCGAAUGGUCAUGUCCAAGUAAAGGAACUUGGAGCGACUUUUAAUAAGCUGUGGAAAAAGUUGGGAGGUGGAUCCACUUUUGAGUCUCCACAUGCUGGAGACCAUGAGAAGGAAACUCCUCCUACUUUGGCUGCUGUCGUUUGCAAGCUAUAUAUGACCGCAUUGUCGACAAUGGCCAACAUGAAGAAUGAAAUCAUUGCUGGCAAGCUUAAAACUAGCGUUUGUCGUGAAGAUCGAAUCCUCCGACAGUUAUGGGCAUAUCUUGUACGAUGGGGCGCAGAUAAGCACUCAUCACCCUCUUUGUCUUGCUCGCCACUGAACGCCGCUCUGGCAUUACUAUCACGCCCUCAGAGCCCUCACGCUGCUCCACUUCGCUUGUUCGCCGAUGCUGCUGCUAUAGUCAUAUCCAUUUUGGAUGAAGAGGAGCUGUACGAUCGUGGUGUACCGUUUCCAACUGAAGAGCUUGUUAAUAUUGCGCGAUUUUGUAAUUAUUUUUGCUUCAAAGCUGUAUGGAAUGGUUACGUAGACGAUCAGUUAUCGGAUCAAGGUCUUUUUUCAAGUAUCCAUCAGUUGUGUAUGGUCCUUCAUGUGCGCGACAGCCGAAGAACUUUUGUGAACGACCCCAAGUUUUGGCUGGCGCCGGAUAUAAAGAGCUCAGUUUUGAUGGCAGAGUUCGAAAAGAAAACAUCAAGAGGACUUCUAUUAAUGCGCCGUAUGAGCCACCUUGUCUCACUAAAAGAGAGGAUGUUGCUGUUCCGAAAAUUCGUUAGCGCUGACAAGGCUAAUAUCGAAUCCACAGCUACUUUAAUUACAGUAGCUCGAAAUCGGCUAGUUGAGGAUGGUUAUAGGCAGCUUUCUUUGUUGUCUACACGAGCAUUAAAAUCCACUAUACGUGUGAAAUUUAUCAACCAGCAAGGUCUUGAUGAAGCGGGUAUAGAUCAAGAUGGUGUGUUUAAAGAAUUUCUUGAACUGACUAUAAAACAAGUUUUCGAUCCAGCUCUGAAUCUAUUCCAUAGCACUGCAGCGGGUGUACUCUAUCCUUCCUCUACAUCGAGUGUACACGAAGAUCAUCUGGCGCUAUUUCAGUUUGUUGGAAGAAUUUUAGCAAAAGCUGUUUACGAGGGUAUUGUAGUGGAUGUGCAGCUUGCACCUGUACUGCUUGCUGCAAUGCUUGGUGGACGACGCCUGUGUGCUUUUGACGAAUUGUCGCAGUUAGAUCCUGAAUUAUAUCGCAAUCUCACCUUUGUCAAAAAAUACGAUGGCGAUGUUAGCGACCUCUCACUAACAUUUUCAAUCGAUGAAGAUUUCAUGGGAAAGAUUAACACUGUGGAUUUGGUUCCAGGAGGUCGAACCAUACAAGUUACCAAUGAGAAUAAGAUUGAUUACGUCCAUCGCAUGGCACAUCAUCGGGUAUUCUCACAAACGAAACAGCAAUGCCGUGCCUUUGUCGCAGGCGCCCAGUCGGUGUUGAAUCCAGCCUGUGAUAUCGAUUUGGCAGACUUGAAGAAGCAUGUUCAAUAUUACGGAGGUUUCCAUGGUAGCCAUCGUUUGAUCAAAUGGUUGUGGGAGAUUGUUGAAAAAGAUUUCACUGCAGAUGAGCGAAGAUUAUUCCUCAAGUUUGUCACAAGCUGCUCACGUCCUCCUCUGCUGGGAUUUUCUUACCUCGAACCGCCGUUUUCGAUACGUUGCGUAGAAGUUUCGGAUGAUCAAGAUCAGGGUGACACCUUAGGCAGCGUUGUAAGAGGGUUUCUUGCCUUGAAAAAAAGCCAAUCUUCAUCACGACUACCGACAGCGUCGACAUGUUUCAAUCUUCUGAAACUGCCGAACUACAACAAGAAAUCUGUGCUAUUGUCGAAGUUACGUUACGCAAUCCAUUCAGAGACUGGGUUUGAACUGAGCUGA